UCGAUAACCGGAUGUCGGUCCCUUAAUGUCCGGGCCGCGGAUGAACCGCAGCUGAUCGACGAUGCUCGCGGCUCCAGAGCUCCGGACUCCCGGCCACACUGAGACACCGACACCGAGGACGAGCCGCGGCUCCGGGGCUGUUCACACGGACAUCGUGACAUCGAGUAGCCGGAGCGAGGAGAGGCCGUGAGAGACUCGUCGAGAGGCCGAGAGAGCGAGCUCUGUGCCGGGCACCGCUGCUGCUGGGGAGCCCGGCUCGGCCCGGGCAGGGCGGGGCGCGGGGAUGUUUAGGUUCCGGUAUAAAGGCAGCGACAUAAUGGGAACCAGACGAGCUGUGGAGCCGGCUGCUGCCGCCGAUUCGUACCGGAGACCGGAAUGAGAAGUUCGCCGUUGUGCUGUGAGCGGGCGGCGGUGUAACCGUCAGGGGGAGGCCGCUGAAGGAGCCGGAGGAGGCGGAGGGAGAAGCGUGUCUCUGCGGCGUCUCUCUACCUCCACCCCCGCCCGUUGAUAACAUGAGGACGCUAUUUACGAUCUGGUGUCUGCUCGUCACCGGAGGAGCGGACCGGGCGCGGGCCACCGGGAAUCUCACCGUGGACAGCGGCAACCGCACCGACCUGAGCCCCGGCGGCGGGUACAUCAGCAUCGGGGACGGGUCCUCGCAGGAGUUCGAGUUUCCUGAAAACACCAACGGCGUGAUCGUGAUCUCCAGCCUGUACCGGAGCUCCGCGGCCAGCAGGAAGGGCCGCAGGAGCCGGAAGCAGACGGUGACGGUCCGCUCCAUGGACCCGGAGGUCCUCAACAUCCUAAACGUCACCGACAGCGGCCACGCGGGUCCCGCUACGAGCUACAUCAUCAGCAUCCGCUCCGGGGUCCCGGGCACGGCCCAGCUGCAGAUCCAGCUGCUGGACCUGGACCAGGACUCGGUGCCGGUUCUGGUCGAGGAGAGGACGGAUUACUCCAUCAGAGUGGCGCCCGGUGACGACGACCCGGCCACCAGACUCAUCCAGUCCGGUGGCCUGUCCCACUUCUCUGAGAACCCGGUGCUGUUCGCCCUGCUGCCCCUCAUCUUCGUCAACAAGUGUGCCUUCGGCUGUAAGGUGGAGGUGGAGGUGCUGCGGAGUCUGCUGCGGAGCCCCGUGCCCCUGCUGCUCGGGGUGCUGGGUCAGUUCCUGGUGAUGCCCCUGUAUGCCUACUGUGUGUCCCGGCUGGCCUCGCUGCCCAAAGCCCUGUCCCUGGGCCUGGUCAUCACCUGCUCGGCCCCCGGCGGCGGGGGCGGGUACCUGUACAGCCUGCUGCUGGCUGGAGACGUCACGCUGGCCAUCUCCAUGACCCUGGUGUCCACGGUGGUGGCAGCAGCAGCCAUGCCGCUGUCCUCAGCUCUGUACGGGCGGUUGCUGGGGGUCCACGCCGCCCUGCAUGUGCCCUUCGUGAAGAUCCUAGGUACCCUCCUGUUCAUCGCCAUCCCCAUCUCGCUGGGCAUGCUGGUCAAGCUGCGCCUGCCCGCCCUCACGCGCGUCCUGCUCGCACUCAUACGACCCUUCAGCUUUGUGCUCAUCGUAGGGGGCAUCUUCAUGGCCUACCAAAUGGGGGCGUCCAUCUUGGCCAACGUCAGGCCCCAGAUCGUGGCAGUGGGGGUGACGGUGCCGAUGUUGGGGCUGGUGGUCGGUGCAGUCAUGGCUAAGGUGGCGGGCCUGGCCCCGCCACAAAGGAAGACGGUCAGUAUCGAAGUGGGCGUCCAGAACAGCCUGCUGGCCCUCGCCGUCAUGCAGCUGUCGUUCCACCGGGUGGAGGCCGACUUUGCGUCCCAGGCGCCCUUCAUCGUGGCCCUCAGCAGCACCUCGGAGAUGUUGCUCAUCGUGCUCGGAUACUUCGCCCAGCGGAGGUUGUGCGGCUCUGCCGUCCCCAGGAGUGACGCUUGAUUGUAGCUGCAGUUUUGGUUCUGAACUCUUUCAAACCUGUGGAACAAUCAUCAAUCCAGUCGUCACUGUGGUUUUACGCAGCAGUGAACGGACCUUUUGUGAUUCUUUUGUCCUUGUUUUCAUACUUUUCGUGAAAACCAAAGGCCUUUUACCCCCCGAGACCUUUUUGUGUUUAUUUUACACAAAGUACUUUUUAAAUCAGAUUAUACUGUGAGGUACUCAAUGUAAAUAUUCCUACCAAGAGAAAUACCUGUAAAAGAAAAGAUAUUUUUCUACCAGAUUACUUUUUGUAAUCAACAAAGGCAAAAAAAAAAAAGAUUUGUAUCAUGUUUACAAGAGGUCCAUGUGUCUUAGCCCGGGCGGGGGGGCGGGCGGGAUCGGGGGGGUAAAGUGGAAUCAUGUAUGAAUCAAAUCAGAACUCGACGAUGAUUUUGAAAGUUAAUUUGUUUAUUACUGAUUGUGUUUCCUGGAUUUCAAAAUCCACGUACUUGAAUAUGCGAGAGAGGAACUGAAGAUAAAAUGGAAUAAAAAGAACUUUGUUGAAGCAGA